AUGACAACUGGGGAAUCCGAUCCUCCUCCGCCCUCUGAUCAUGAUCAGACGUCAUCAGUUUCUCCAAAUCUCGCGCUGGCCCACCCCGACUCCCGUGAUGCGCAUUUACGUCUCUCGUGAAUCACCAACCCGGCAACCGGCGAAAUCCGGAUAACCUCGCGAUCUUCUGACCUAUCCUCCAAUGGCCUCGCUACAUGUGUCCUGAUUUGGUCCAGCUCAGCACUCCCUCGCCGAUCCUUCUAGAAAAAGUGCGCGACAUUUUGCCGUGGAGAUCGAAACUGGAGGAGACUGUGUACCCUUUUCCUGCUCCAUCAGCGGACGAGUUAAGUAGUGGGAGUAUGCGGAGCUCUCGGCGAUCCCGAUCGAAGGCGCGCAGGCCCAAGUACGUUAGCCUCCGUCGUCACCUCGCUCCUCGUCCUCCUCCUUCGCCCGCGGAUCCUUCCGACAUGUUCUCCUCCGCUGCUGCCGACGAUGACGACGACGCCACCGCCCGCUGCCACCAGCUCGACCUCUUCCCCCUCCAGCCGGAGCACCUCGACCGCGACCCCCACGUCGCGUGCCUGCUCGACGACCGCGGCGGGGGCGGGGAGCCGACGCUCGCCGCCCUCCUCGGCUGCGGUGGUGGUGGCGACUCCUCAUCCGGUUCGCCCUCGCCGGUGUCCCUGGCGUCGCGGUCGAUGAACCGGGAGGAGGAGGAGGAGGAGGAGGAAGAGGACGAGGAGGAGGAGGGCGGAGAUGGAGACGGGCUCGCGAGGCGGGCACUCCGGGGACGGGAGCGGUGGGCGUACUGCCGCUCCUCCUCCUCGUCGUCGGAGGAGGUGGCUAGCUCCGCCGCCGAGGGCAACGGUGGCGUGGAUCUGUGGCGGUGCGUGACGCCGCAGGCUCUGGCGCUCAAGUUGGACUACGAGGAGAUCCUGGCGGUGUGGUCGGACAGGGGGCCGCUUUACAUGGACGGCGAAGGUCCUCAGGUCGUGCCGCAGCUCCAACACCCCUGCGACUCCGCGGUCCUCCCGGUGAGUCCAUUUAUCAAACACCUCUCCAUCCCCCCUCUCACGUUAGAUCUGACGCAUUGGGUGUCGUGAACACCGACUGAUGCUGUGGGGCAGAUGCUGGUGGAGGUGGGGUGCAGGAGCUGGAAGGUGCCGGAGCAGCCGGCGGAGGGGAAGGAGAGGAGCGGCAUGAGCAGGGAAGCGAGGGUGAUGAGGUACAAGGAGAAGAGAAGGAACCGCCUGUUUGCGAAGAGGAUACGGUACGAGGUCCGGAAGUUUAACGCUGAGAAGCGGCCACGAGUGAAGGGCCGGUUUGUAAGAAGGAAUGAUGAAGAUGAAGACCAUUCUUGAUUCCAUUAAAUGAAAGGUGAAUAACUUCAACUUUAAUGUGGAGAAAAUAAUCUCAUGUAAAUGAUAUGUAUCAUCAAUACAUUGCCUACUUGAUCUGCUGGACUGAGGAAGCUGCAGAACUGGGAGUGUAAAACAGCUUGUGCCUGCCUUUUAAUAAGACAUGCACAUAUAUAUGUUGGCAAGGA